AUGAUCUCUUUUUGCGAUGAUACUGCGCCGCCGUCCGCCAGCCGAUCACCGCAGGUGUUUACACCAGUGUACUCGGCGGCCUCGGUAGAUACAAGUGUCGACCACGACAGUGCGGCACCACAGGCCAACGACGAUGAUAUCGCCAUCGUUGGCAUGGCCUGCCGCGUGCCUGGAUCCAACAACUCUCCCGCCGAGCUGUGGCAGUACCUGCUCAACAAGGGCGACGCCUCGGGCACCAUGCCGGCAAUGCGUUGGGAGCCCUAUAACCACCGCCACCCGAAAAACGCAGGCAUCCUGUCAAGGACCACCUCGACCGGCUACUUUCUAGACCGGAUCGAGGACUUUGACGCCUCCUUCUUUGCUGUCUCGCCCCGCGAGGCCGAGCAGAUUGACCCGCAGCAGCGGAUCACGCUCGAGGUGGCUUGGGAGGCGCUCGAGGACGCUGGUAUCCCGGCGGACUCGCUGUCCGGGUCCGAUACAUCCGUCUACAUGGGUGUCAACUCGGAUGACUAUGGCAAGCUUGUCCUAGAGGACCUCGAGGGCGUGGGUGCACACAUGGGCGUCGGCACUGCCUAUUGUGGUAUCCCUAGCCGCGUGUCGUAUCACCUUGACCUUUUCGGUCCCAGCGUCGCCGUUGACGCUGCGUGCGCUAGCUCCCUCGUUGCCGUGCACCAGGCGCGCCAGGCGAUCCUGGCCGGCGAGACGAAGCUCGCCAUUGCGGGCGGCGUGAACGCUCUCAUCGGCCCCGGGCUCACGCGUGUGCUUGACGAGGCUGGUGCUAUUGCCUCUGACGGCAAAUGCAGAUCAUUUGACGAGUCUGCGCAUGGGUACGGGCGAGGCGAAGGCGCUGGGGCUGUGGUUCUCAAGAAGCUCAGCAAGGCAUUGGUGGACGGGGACCGCGUGCACGCCAUCCUCAAGGGGAGCGCGGUCGCUGCUGACGGACGGACCGUGGGCAUCAUGGCACCCAACAGUGCCGCACAGCAGCUUGUCGCUGUAAAGGCGCUGCGGGAGGCCAAGAUCCCCGCCGAGACCAUCUCAUACAUCGAGGCACAUGCUACCUCGACGCCGCUUGGUGACCCAACCGAGAUGGCAGGCCUGGCCAAGGUUUACGGGGAGGGUGCGCCCCGGCUAUCGUCCUGCCAGGUGGGCUCCAUCAAGUCCAACAUUGGACACCUCGAGGCCGCGGCUGGCGUCAUGGGUCUGAUCAAGGCGGCCAUGGUGCUGAAGCACGGCGUCGUCCCCGGUCAAGCAAACUUGGACACUCUCAGCUCCAAGAUCGAUUGGGCAAACAACCGCAUGAUUGUGAGCAAAGACGCGACGCAGAUCGCAGGGUCGCCUGUCAGCCCGAGACGUGCUGCCGUUGCCUCGUAUGGUUACAGCGGUACCGUCUCUCACGCUAUCCUCGAGGCCAGUCCGGACGCAGCGCCGUCGGUUGCGCCUGACACACCCGACAGUGUCGCAGCGCUCCUCUUCCUUUCCGGGCCGCAGGAAAGCCGGAUCCCCAAGGCGGCUGCGGCUCUCGCCGACUGGCUCGCUUCGCCGGCCGGUGCUUCUGCGCCGCUGCAUCACGUCGCAAACACGCUUGCACGCCACCGAAGUCACCACAGGUUCCGUACUGCUAUCACGGCAACAAGCAAACAAGAGGCCGUCUCACUACUGCGAAGAGUCGCAAGCGGCCAGAGUGACAAGCUCAUCACCAGCGGCCGCGUCGGCACCAGCACGGCCGGUCCAGUGUGGAUCUUCUCGGGCCACGGGGCCCAGUGGCCUACCAUGGGCCAGGAGCUCAUGGCCACACAGUCUGCUUUCGCGCGGACGAUCCAGAAGCUCGAGCCCGUUGUGCGAGCCGAGCUGGAUGGCUUCUCCCUUUCCAAAGCCCUCGAGAAGGGGGAGGAGAGCUGGACCUCGGACGAGAUCCAGGUCCUGACCUUUGCCAUGCACGUGGGUCUCGCCAAUGUGCUGUGCGAGACCGCAGGUCCGCCGUCAGCCAUCGUUGGCCACUCUCUAGGGGAAACGGCAGCGGCUGUCGUCGCCGGCGCCAUCGACUUGGAGGACGGCGCCAGGCUCGUCGCUCGUCGCGCGAGGUUGUACCGUCGUCACAUGGGCAAGGGGGCCAUGGCGCUCGUCUCGCUCGGCGUCGACGAGGUGCGCAAGAAACUCAACGCGAGCACCGAUUACGGUGACAUUGACAUUGCCAUCGAUGCAUCUCCAAGGUCAUGUGUGUUGGCUGGAGCUAGCGAGUUGGUCGGAAAGCUGUCGGAGCAGUGGAAGAGCGAGGACAUACAGGUCCGCGCCGUCAAGUCCGACAUGGCCUUCCACAGCCAGAUGCUACUCGACUUGAUGGAUCCCCUGCGCCGGUGUCUCCCCGACCUCCGCUCCUGGACACCCAAUAUCAAGCUCUACUCAACCUCGGCGCAAGACGCGCGCUUUACUGGCCCCCGCGAUGUGGAAUACUGGGUCAACAACAUGGUAGCACCUGUGCGGCUGCGCGAGGCCACGCAGGCACUCGCCCAAGACGGCCACCGCACGUUCGUCGAGGUAUCGGCGCAUCCCAUUGUCGCCCACUCUGUCUCCGAGACCCUCGAGGCCAUGGAUCUCGACUCGGAUGUGCUCGUGCUGCCGACCAUGCUGCGCAACAAGCCCGUCGUGGAGCGAAUCCUGACCACCGUUGGCGGCCUGCACGUGUCGGGCCAGAAGACGGUAUACACAUCGCACGACGCCAAUCGUCCCUGGCUGUCCGAAGGCGUGCCGCGCACAACCUGGAACCACGAGCCCUACUGGCGCACGGUGGCCAAGGUCCCUCUGUACGAGAUCACUGCCCACAAACCCGAGAACAACACGCUUCUGGGCUCCCGCACCGACAUAUGGGGCACCAAAAACGUCCUGUACCAGACACAGCUGGACGAGGAGAGCCGUCCUUAUCCCGGCCGUCAUCCGCUCCACGGCUCCGAGAUCGUCCCGGCUGCGGUCCUCAUCAACACGUUCCUACACACCAUCGACACGGAGACGAACUGCCUCGAGAGCCUGUCGCUCAAGGUGCCCGUCAUCGUCUCACCGCCCCGGCAGAUCCAGAUCCUGGUGUCCGACCAGCAGCAGAUCUCGCUGACGUCGAGGCUUGCGGAGUCCGGGGGAGCCUGGCUCGUCAACACUACCGGUCGCGUCAUUUCGACCGUGGGAGAUGCUCGCCCUGAGCGCCUCGACCUGGAGAAGCUUCAGACGCGUCUACCAGAGAAGCUUGCCGAGACCUUCUCCAUCAAUUACAUGAGCAAGGUCGGCGUGCCCGAAAUGGGAUUCCCCUGGGCGGUUACGACGCACAGGGCGUUCGGAGACGACGAGUUCCUCGUAUGCGUCGAGACAAACCCCAACCAGGCCGAGUCCCAAGGUCUUAACGACCUAGGUGCCUCCAUCAUGGACGCCGCAACCUCGAUUGCAUCAACCAUCUUCUUCAAGGACCCGCUCCUUCGCAUGCCCACCGCGGUUGACCGCAUCAUCAAGUACGGCCAACUCGAGACCCUCGCACAGGGCUGGAUCUACUGCAAGCGUUCUCAAGACAAAAACAAGCCCUUUGCCGUCAACGUUGUCGUCAGCGACGUGGCCGGCAAUGUUCUCAUCGAGUUCGUCGCCAUGUCCUUUGCCGGGCUCGAGAACGACGCCGUCUCGCGCAAGAGCGCGCGGGGCCUGGUGCACCGGCUCGCAUGGCCGCCCGCCAAGAUGGCUGAGACGCCCAUCAACUUCAGCCACGUGGUGUUGUUCUCAACCGAGCACGAUGGGAAAGAAACCGAGGCCAAGUGCCGGUACACCCGCCAGCUGAUCAAGCGCGGCCAUACCGUCUCUACUGCGCGCGACGUCAAGGAGCUCGCCUCGCUUAGCGACGACACCAUCGUCCUUGACCUCGCGCACAGCAGCGGCUCCUACGCCUCCGUUCUGGAUGCCGCCUCGGGGUCGUGCAACAGCCUCGUCUCGGCUGCGCAGGCCAUGGCGGCCUCGCCAGACUGCAAGGCCAAGCUGUUCUCCAUCGUUCCCCAGCACCACCAAGCCGAAGCCGAGGAUAUUGAUCUCGCCAGUGCGUCGCUAUACGGCCUCGCGCGCAUCAUCAAGUCGGAGCACCCGGAUCUGUUUGGUGGUCUCUUCGAGACGUACGACGGGAAGCUGCCCCUGGCCGCUAUCCGAUACGUAGAGGGCGAGAACAUAGUGAAGCAGGACGACGACGGUGUCGCUCGUGUGGGCCGCCUGCGGCCCUUUGUGGCAGAUGGUAAAGACGCAGACCAAACACCGAAGCAGCUGCGCUUCUCACCCGCCGACACGUACCUCAUCACGGGCGGGCUUGGCGCGCUGGGUCUGGUGGUCGCCAAAUGGAUGGUCAAGCGCGGUGCGCGCCGCCUUUUACUGGUCUCGCGCCGCAGCCUUCCCCUGCGCUCGGAAUGGGCCGCUAUCGACGCCGCGUCGCCGUACCGCAGAAUGGUCGAUGCCGUCGUGGAAAUGGAGGCGGCGGGCGCCACUGUUCAUGUACUGCCCGUGGACAUCAGCGCCCCCGACGCAGCAAAUUCAUUGAGAUUGGCCAUUGACUCCCUGUCUCUGCCCCGUGUAACAGGCGUCGUCCACGCCGCCGGCGUCCUCGCCGACCAGAUGGUGCAGGACGUCGACCGCGCGUCCUUUGACAAUGUCCUCGCGCCCAAGCUCAACGGCGCGCUGGCCCUCGACGAACUCUUCCCGCCCGGCACUCUCGCCUUCUUCACGCUCUUCUCAUCCUGCGGCCAGAUUCUGGGCUUCCCGGGCCAGGCCUCGUACGCGGCUGCCAACGCGUGCCUGGACGCCAUGGCGCAGCGCCGGCGCGCGCGGGGCGACAAGGGCACCCAGGCAAUUCUCUGGACUAGCUGGCGCGGCAUGGGCAUGGCCGCCAGCACCGAGUACAUCAAUGCCGAGCUCGAGGCCCGCGGCAUCAGCGAUGUGACCGAGGAAGAGGCGUUCCUUGCUUGGGACCGCAUUGCAAGCGCCGACGCCGCCGACACCGACGGGCUAGCGGCUGUGCUGCGGGCCCUGCCCAUCGACCACGACGAGGAGGUCGCGCACCCGAUUCUCGAGCAUGUCGCUCCGCGGAGGCCGGCCCCUGCUGCCGUUGCGGCGGCGGGUGAGGGAGCAGCGUUCGGUACGGUGCCCAGCAGGCCGGCGUCGGGCCCGGAGCUCGAGAGCUGGCUCGACGCGCAGCUGAAGUGGGCGGUGGCGGAUACUUUGGGCAUGAGUGCCGAGGAUGUAGAUGCGGCCGUGGCCCUGUCGGAGAUGGGCAUGGAUUCUGUCUUGACUGUGUCGUUCCGGACGCGCGUGCAGAAGAUGCUGAAGGUCAAGAUGGGGCCCACGCUUGCCUGGAAAUGUCCUACAGUUGGGCACCUGCUCAAGCAUUUUGCCAUUGAGCUGCAGGCUUAA